AUGAAAAGUCAAUGUGAUACUUCAAGCUGGAUCAAGUACUUUGGCACAGGAACCAAACUAGUUGUUUCUGGAUUUGCUCACUGUGAUACUUCUAGUGGCUACUACAUCAAAGUAUUUGGCUCUGGUACCAAGCUCAUAGUAACAGAUACAGAAGCAAAACUCAAUUCCAACAAGAUCCAGGUCCUGCCUUCCAUUACUGAAAAAGAUGGGCAAGUAACACACAUAUGCCUCAUUGAGGAUUUUUACCCAAAUAUUAUUAAAGUGACUUGGGAAGACGACAAGAAGAAUGAAGAGAAAAAUGCAGUGCUUGGGGAAAUUUGGCCCCCCGAUGACAAUCGACAAUCAUACUCAAUGAGCAGCUGGCUGACCCUAAAUAAACCUAGCAACAAGAAUUAUCGCUGCAACUAUCAACAUGAAAAAGAAGCAGGUUUUGUCCUUACCAAAUCUCAAGACACCACCAUAGUGCCUCAAACCACAGCAGACUGUACCAACAGACUUUUCACAGUGAGUUUCAUGCACAGGACAGCAUAUGUAAUAUACAUUGCCCUUCUUCUGAAAAGCACCAUGUACUACGUCAUCGUACUCUUCUUCAUGUACAGGAUGCAAAGUCCAAUCAAGCGCCAGGGAAAGAAACCUUAAACUUCUCCUUGCACCUUCCAAACUCAGCAUUUUUGUCUGAAAUGUACUUUGCUUUGCCAUAAGCCGGUUCAUAUGAAACACUUUGCUCUAAAUAUCAAGACAUGCAUUUCAAUUUGAUUUUGUUAAGUUUAUUCUCUAGUUAGCACAGGUGGCUUCUUCGGCUUCAGAGCGAACAGUUUUAGAUGUGUUCAUUUUUUCUAUUUUAUUAUUUUAAUGUUGUAACUGUGGAACUUAAAGGGCUCUUUGAUUUCAAUGGGAAUUUUGCAUCACAAAGCAGUGCAGGAUCAAUCUCUUAGGCUCUUAUCCUGCAAAAACACUUGUGCACACGAACAACUUUUUGGAGGUGGAUAGGCCGACCGCAUUCAGGGAAGUCAAUGGAAAAAAACUCACUGCUGUAAUCAUUAGCAGGCAUGGAGUCCUAAUCUGUAAUUUAAAAUGAUUUGUCAUUCCAUUUCUAUUAAUUUCGUUUAUUUCCUUUAUAAAACAAAAACAGGCUUUGAAAUAUGAGUAAUUGUUUUUAAAAAAUUGAAGGAUUAAUGUAUUUUAAA